AUGGAACUUAAAAGAUCUAACUCAUUCGUCGGAAAAAGACAAAUGAACAACAUGGAGGUUACCAUAAUAGUCUUCUUCAUCCUAUGUUUGUUUGGACCAGUCUUUGGCCAAGAUAUGUCCUAUGAGGAAAUAAUGGCCCAGCUUCAGGCCUGUCCCAAAGAGUGUCGCUGCCCACAGGAUUUCCCUCGAGCAGUCUACUGCGAUGGCAAAGGCCUAAACUAUAUUCCAAAUAUCCCUGCGCACACAUGGUACCUUUACCUCCAGAAUAAUAACAUUGAAGUACUCUCUGCUGAUGCUCUACGUAAUGCAACACAGCUACGUUGGCUCAACCUCAACCGAAACAAAAUCACAAGCAAUGGAGUAGAGCAGGGAGCGCUGAGUACAAUGUCUCAGCUGGCACAUCUGUACAUGGAUGAAAACCUGCUGUCCUCUGUGCCUUCUCCACUACCACCGACCUUGGAACAUCUACGCCUGUCUCGCAACCGUAUUUCCAAGAUCCCUGCUGGUGUGUUCUCUGGUCUGAACAAACUCAACCUCCUGGAUCUUCAGAACAACAAGCUGAUGGACGACGCAGUCACAGAAGUUAGUCUUAAGGGUCUAAGCAACUUGGUGCAAAUCAACCUUGCCAAAAAUCAACUGAACAGUAUGCCUAUUGGACUGCCAGCCACCACAACUCAACUCUUCUUGGAUGGCAACAACAUUGAUAAGAUCCCAGAAGGGUACUUCAAAGGUCUGCCGAAGGUGACAUUUAUCAGGCUCAACUACAACAAGCUCGCCAGCAGCGGAAUUCCAAAAGAUGUCUUUAAUGUUUCAAGCAUUUUGGACCUACAACUGUCCCACAACCAGCUAACCGAAAUGCCACUCAUCCCGUCUGGUCUUGAACACCUGUACCUGGACCACAAUAUGAUCUCAACUGUGAGUGGAUCUAGUGUGUGUCCAGACUCUGCAGAUGAAAUGGACAACACAAACGAAAACUUGUACUGGUUUGUGCACAUUGCUGAAGACUUUGGGGUGGGGGCAAGAGUGACCAAAAGUGAUGUGCUCGGGUCCAGCCGGUCUCACCCAUACACGCCCUCCCUCUUGUGGGCUCCCUGCACAACCCACCAUCAUUGGCCAAGUCCCGGAGCCCUCAGCAUCUCCAUCACGGCUGUAGGGACCAUUCGGGAAAGCGAGAGACAGAGGUGGACUAUGAGGAUGCUUGCACGGUUGUUGUUAGGACUUCUUGUCCUCAAAGCAGCAGUGGCCAACCCAAGAUUUUCCCGCCAAACAGAUUUGGAUUAUGACACAGAGAAUGGGGAAUAUGACUAUGAACUGACAACCAAUCUACCGAUAGAGGUUGAAACACUAUCAACGGAACUGGAGGCAGAAGAGGAGGAAGAGGAGGAAGUGCCCUUGAAGCCUCAACUCAUCCCACAGGGUUCAGGAGGGUCUGGGGUCCUGAUGGGUCCUGACACACAGAAAGAGGUGGAGCUGCGUCUGACGCCCAUUGACAUCCUUCAUGUGUCCGGGGAUGAAGGAGGCUCCACGGGCUCAGGGGGCUCUGGAGGCUCUGGGGGCUCUGGGGCUUCCGGGGAGUCUGGAACGUCGGCUUCUGGGGGGUCAGGGGGUUCAGGGGACAUAGUCUUUAUCUCAGGUGCAUCCCAGGAGCUGCUGGAGUCAGGUUAUGGCUCUGCAGGCUCAGGAGGCAAUGGGGAGUUCUUGCUCUCUGGAGAUGUCAUUUUCUCUGGAGACCUGUCUGGUUCUGGGGAGGCCUCUGGAUCUGGUGAUCUCUCCGGGGGCUCCGGGGAUGUGUCUGGAGGCUCUGGAAUCCCCAUCGAGCUGGGAUCUGGAGAAUCCGGAGACCUCUCUGGGUCUGGGAUAUCAGGGGCCUCUGGAAUCUCUGGAAUCUCUGGGGCUUCUGGUGAAUCUGGUUUCUCAGGGAUUACAUUAAUAGAAGGCGAGGAAGUGCUCUUGAUCUCUGGGACUGGUCCCAGUGAAGCAUCUGGGACAUCUGGGGAGUUGUCUGGAAAUUCAGGGGUAUCGGGUGAAGAGUCCGGGGACGUAGGGAUCUCAGGAACCUCUGGAACGUCUGGUGGCUCUGCCUCUGGAGAACCAGAGCUCCCUGGGGUCACUUUGAUACCUCCAGAGGAGGGGCUGAUUCCCACAACAACACAGAGCCCCGAGGAGGGCAAAGGAGAGGUAGAGGGCCCAGUGAGUUCUGGAGAGACAGACGAGAUUGUGGAGCCUGACCGCCAAGGUAUGCCCACUUGUCUGCUGUGUACAUGUCUGGGUGGCUCCGUCUACUGUGAUGACCUGAGGCUGGACAAUGUACCUCCUCUCCCCAAAGAUACCACUCACUUCUAUGCACGCUACAACCGAAUCACAAAUAUCCACAAGUCAGAUUUUGCAAAUAUGGGCAAACUUAAAAGGAUUGACCUGACCGCCAACGAGAUCACAUCCAUUGCUGAGGAUGCCUUCAUUGGGCUUCCUGAACUGGAGGAGCUGCUGAUCAGAGAGAACCACGUCUCACAGCUGCCUGCCCUGCCUGAAACUAUGACCCUCAUCGACGCAAGCCACAAUAACAUUGGUUCUAAAGGCAUUCAUAGAGAGGCCUUCAAAGACAUGACUGCCUUGCAGUUCCUAUAUAUGACAGACAACAACAUUGACUACAUCCCUGUGCCUCUCCCUGACAGUCUGCGCUCUCUACACCUACAGCGUAACAACAUUCAAAUGAUGCAUGAGGACACAUUCUGCAACUUGAAAGAUUUCAACUACAUAAGGAACGCGCUGGAGGACAUCCGCCUGGACGGAAACCCAAUCAACCUGAGCAGGACCCCUCAGGCGUACGUGUGCCUGCCCCGUAUACCCAUCGGGACUCUUGUGUGA